AUGCAAAACUUAAAUCAAAAUACCUCUUUAACAUCUGGAACAAAUAGCAGUAUACCUAGUCUUUCAACUAAUGCAUUUCUUUCAUUAAACUCAAAUGGAGGAUUUGGAAGUUCUACUAACCUUUUUUCCACUUCACUUAAUAAUGGAUUUGGAACAAAUACAACAACAGGACUUGGAAGUACUAAUAGUCUUUUCUCAAACACACUUAAUACUGGAUUUGGAAAUUCAACAACAGGAAAUAAUAACACAGUGUUAUUAAACCCUCUUUCUAUUUCAUCAUUAUCAAUUGGAACUAACGUUUCAAAAGACAAACAAAAUAAAGAAAAGUCAUGGGUAUAUCAUGACCAAACAUCAAUGAAUCAACCAGAUUUUGUAAGACCAGAAGAAAUGAUGUUUAAUACAUCAUGUUGUAUAAUUGAUCCAAAAGUUAUUGACAAAAUAUUAUUUGAUGCUGAAAGAGAAAUUGAGUCAUUACAACCAAAUGUUUCAUAUGACAUUAAACCAAUAGGAUUAAAACAAGGAUAUGUAUGUAAUCCUUCAAUGCAAACAUUAAAAGCUAUGUCAAUUGAACAACUUAAAGAUGUUUCUUCAUUUGAAGUUUCAAGACCAGGUUAUGGUAAAGUUAUGUGGUCAAAAGUUGAUUUAACAAAUGUUAAUUUAGAUAUAUCUAUUAUUAUAGAACGAGGAUAUUGUGAUGUUUAUCCAGAUGGAAUUCAAAAACCUCGAUUUGGAGAGAAAUUAAAUAAAGAAGCUACUAUUGUUUUAGAGAAUGUCGUUGAUACAGUAGAAGAAUUUAGAAAACUUCUUCCUCGUUUAAGUAAGAAAGUAGAUAUUAAAAGUUAUGAAGAAAAUACUAAAACUGUUACUUUUGUUGUUCCUCAUUUUACACGAUAUUCUGUUAUUGAUGAAGAUAAUAACACACAAGAGAAUGAAAAAGAAGAAGGUAUUGAUUAUGAAAAGAGUCAGAUUAUACCAAACAAUAAUCCUGAGUGGAAGUUUCCUGUAGUUGUUCUUCAUAAGAUUGAAUACAGUCCAUUUGAGAUUGAUAUAUAA